AUCUUGUAUUUAGCAAGAACAAAAACGGUAUAAGAAACAAGUCCGACCUCAGGAUGGGUCGAAGAUAUUAAGCUGAAAUUUUAGAGUUUAUAUUAGAAAGCUUGGCUUAGCAGGGCAUUAUGCUCCAAAGUGUGGCCCCUUGGAGAAAUGUCAGCCACACCCCGUGGAAGAGCUAAUGUUAAUGUUAGCUGUCUAGCUUUCAAAGCUAAGCUAGCCAAUUAGCUAAGGCUAGUAACCCAGUAACGAAAGAGGACAACUGACGAGCUCGAAGUUCCCAUUUGAAUCCGCUUAAAGUAGCUGUGCAAUUGAUUAUUUUUUUCCGUUGCUCUUGAACCAGAAGGGACUGCAGUGGCAAUGAGAGAAACGUCGUGUUGAUAUCUGUCGAGAGGAGACCCGGGCUAUGAGGAUAGAGGCACGCUAGCUUGGCUGCUAACAGUUGUUUUUCGUUCCCGAGCGGAACCACGAUAAGCCGCGGCCCUGGCCAUGCCCUCGAGUGCACGGGCGGGCAAUCUGAAGGACCCGGAGGUGGCAGAUCUCUUCUGCAAAGAUGAUCCGGAGAAGCUUUUUGCCGACCUGCGUGAGAUCGGUCAUGGCAGCUUCGGAGCCGUUUACUUUGCCCGAGAUGUGCGCAACAAUGAGGUGGUGGCCAUUAAGAAGAUGUCCUACAGUGGCAAGCAGACGAAUGAGAAAUGGCAGGACAUCAUUAAAGAGGUGAAGUUUCUGCAGAAACUACGCCACCCCAACAUCAUCGAGUAUCUGGGAUGUUACCUGAAGGAACACACAGCAUGGCUGGUGAUGGAAUACUGCCUCGGCUCAGCCUCAGACCUCCUUGAAGUUCACAAAAAGCCACUCCAGGAAAUUGAAAUAGCUGCUAUUACCCAUGGUGCACUGCAGGGAUUAGCAUAUCUUCACUCUCACAAUAUGAUUCACAGGGACGUGAAAGCAGGCAACAUCCUGCUAACAGAGCCGGGUCAGGUCAAGCUUGGUGACUUUGGUUCUGCUUCAAUCGUCGCUCCAGCCAACUCCUUUGUGGGGACCCCCUACUGGAUGGCUCCAGAGGUGAUCUUGGCCAUGGAUGAGGGCCAGUAUGACGGCAAGGUGGACGUCUGGUCGCUGGGCAUCACCUCCAUAGAGCUGGCGGAGAGGAAGCCCCCACUGUUCAACAUGAAUGCUAUGAGUGCCUUAUAUCACAUCGCUCAGAAUGAAAGCCCUAUCCUUCAGUCCAAUCACUGGUCUGAUUCCUUCCGCAACUUUGUUGACUCUUGCCUACAGAAGAUUCCCCAGGACCGGCCUACCUCGGACGUGCUGCUGAAUCAUCGGUUUUUGUGUCGAGAGCGUCCUCUGACAGUGGUAAUGGACCUGAUCGCAAGAACCAAGGAUGCAGUGCGUGAGCUGGACAACUUGCAGUACCGCAAGAUGAAGAAGAUCCUCUUUCAGGAGACCCAGCAGAACGGCCCAGUGUCAGAGGGAGCAGAGGAUGAGGAGGAGGUGGAGCAGUAUCUGUUGCGGACAGGGACAGUCAACAGUAUGGAGAGCUCCCAGUCGGUACCCAGUAUGUCCAUCUCUGCCAGUUCUCAGAGCAGCUCGGUCAACAGUCUAGCCGACGCCUCUGAUGACAGCAGCAGCGAGAUGGCCAUGAUGCAGGAGGGCGAGCACACAGUCACCUCCAACAGCUCCAUCAUCCACAGACCCACGGGUCAGGAUAACAUCUAUGAUGACCCCUACCAGCCAGAGAUGGACCAGCCCCAGGCUCCCUCAGCAGGACGCCGUCGAGCCUACUAUCGCAACAGAGAUCACUUUGCUACCAUACGAACUGCGUCCUUGGUGACCCGACAGAUCCAGGAGCAUGAGCAGGGCUCAGCACUGCGAGAGCAGAUGUCGGGAUACAAGCGAAUGAGGCGACAGCAUCAGAAGCAGCUGAUGGGGCUGGAGAACAAGCUGAAGGCAGAAAUGGACGAGCAUCAGCUGAAGCUGGACAAAGAGCUGGAGAACCAGAGAAACAGCUUCUCCACUGAGGCUGACAAGCUGGUAAAGAAACAUCAGGCCAUCCUGGAGAAGGAGACAAAAGCAGCUCUGGCAGAAGAGAAGAAGUUCCAGCAACACAUACUGGGCCAGCAGAAGAAAGAACUGACCAGUUUACUGGAGUCGCAGAAACGCCAGUACCGCCAGAGAAAGGAGCAGCUGAAAGAGGAGCUAAAUGAGAACCAGUCCACUCCAAAGCGGGAGAAGCAGGAGUGGUUGAUCCGUCAGAAGGAGUGUCUGCAGCAGAUGCAGGCGGAGGAGGAGGCCAGCCUGUUGCGGAGGCAGAGGCAGUACUACGAGCUGCAAUGUCGCCAGUACAAGAGGAAGAUGCUGCUGGCUCGCCACAACCUGGAACAGGACCUGCUCAGAGAGGACCUGAAUAAGAAGCAGACCCAGAAGGAUCUGGAGUGUGCCAUGCUACUGCGGCACCACGAGUCCACCCAGGAGCUGGAGUUCAGGCAGCUGAGCUCUGUGCAGCGGACCAGAGCUGAACUGAUCCGAACUCAGCACCAGACGGAGCUGACCAACCAGAUGGAGUACAACAAACGACGGGAACAAGAACUGCGACAGAAACACACCGUGGAGGUCCGGCAGCAGCCCAAGAGCCUCAAGUCCAAAGAGUUGCAGAUCAAGCGCCAGUUCCAGGAGACAUGUAAGAUUCAGACCCGCCAGUAUAAAGCCUUGAGGAACCACCUCCUGGAGAGCACUCCUAAAGCUGACCACAAGGCCGUUCUCAAACGCCUCAAAGAGGAACAAACACGUAAGCUGGCCAUCCUGGCCGAGCAGUACGACCACUCCAUCAACGAUAUGCUGUCCACACAGGCUGUGAGUAAGCUGCGGCUGGACGAGACCCAGGAGGCGGAGUACCAGGUGCUGCGAAUGCAGCUGCAGCAGGAGCUGGAGCUUCUCAACGCCUAUCAGAGCAAGAUCAAGAUUCACACAGACACUCAGCACGAGCGUGAGGUGAAGGACCUGGAGCAGAGGGUGUCUAUCCGCCGGGCACUGCUGGAGCAAAGGAUCGAGGAGGAGAUGCUCUCCCUGCAGAAUGAGCGUUCCGAGCGGAUCCGGACUCUGCUAGAGCGCCAGGCUCAUGAGAUUGAGGCCUUCGACUCUGAGAGCAUGCGACUCGGCUUCAGCAACAUGGCCCUGAGCGGCAUCCCAGCCGAGGCCUUCAACCAGGGUUACCCAACCCCCAGCCCUUCCUCGGGCUCCAGCGGGUGGCCGUCCCGACCCGUCCCCCGUUCUGGCAGCCACUGGAGCCACAGCGUCCAGAACUCGGUGUCUACUCCGUCCUGGCGCAGUCAGAACCACGGCGGAGGAGGCUUCAGCCGAGCCGAGUCCAUCACCUCCUCCCACGGCCUCGGCAGGGACAGCGACACCUACAAGAGCAGCAGGGGCCACUCCACCUCAUCCUCUUCCUCCUCUUCCUCCUCCCAUCACCACCACCACCAGCACUACCAGCACCACCAGAGCACGCCACAGCUGUACCGUGACAGCCAUGAGAGCAGGGAGCGAGAGCGAGUGAGAGAGUGGGUUGGAGGAGGGAGCCACUACCCGUACCACUCCCAGAGCCACCACCACCACCACCUCUCCACCCACGCCUCCUCCCAGUCCUUGGCUCUCCUCCCUCCACCACCUCCACCGCCCCCUAUCUCCCUCUCCUCCAACUCUCCUCCCUCCUCUGCAUCUUCCUCAUCAUCAUCACAGGGAGGCUACGGAGGUGGGAACCUGAGCAUCAGGGGCCCCACCCUCAUGGCCCUCAGGAACAGCCCCCAGCCGCUGAGGAGGACAGCCUCUGGGGGCCCUGGAGGAGGCGGGGGGAGCGACGGAGGGCUCAGCCGGAGCACAUCAGUCACUUCUCAUAUUUCUAAUGGCUCUCACCUUUCAUACUCCUGAGGGCGCCUGACUUCUCUCUGUUCUGAUCUGUCAACAAAAAAAACAGGGCUACACGUUCCUCAGACGGCUCAGAACAGAGGGGUUUUAGUUCUUUAGUUUUAAUUUUUUUUAGCAUAUUUGAAGAGGUUUCAUCAAGCAGGAAAAUUAAUCCUAAAAAAGAACCAGGUUUUAAGAGUAAAUUUUAAGAUCUCUGUCUUGUUGUAUGCAGGGACGUCAUAUUGUUCUUCACGCACAAGAAGAGAGAGUAAAAAGCCUUUAAGUCACUACAGAACAGAAUCUGAACAGAGUAUUAACACCUCUUCUAUAGUUUAAAGAGUUGCACAAGAAGAGUGAUGAAACAUUUAACCCCUUAGAAAAAAAAAAUUGGCAAACAUUGUGGACAAAUGUGAAAAAGAGCCAUGUGUUGCUAAGAGAACAAGUCAAAACAGAAAACAGUUCCACUUGUUCAUUUUGUAACACUAAAUCCAUUGCACAGUAUUGAGUUCUGUAGUGAGACUGCAGGAAUCACCUAUUGGACCAGGUUCAGAUUUGAGCCACGACCUUCAGGUGUUCAGGUUUAUCUUAAGCAGGUUAACAGGUGACAGUAGUGAAGCUUCCACUCGGCUAGCGGUGCUUUAAAAACCACUGUAACUAUGUAAAUGGCGGUAAAUUGUAAACCCAGUUUUUUUGGUUUCUACGUUUCAUAUGUUCAGUAGGGUUGGGUUCAGGGGAUGGGGGACAGCACAGGAGUAGACCAGGGAAAGAUAACCUAAAAAAAUCUUUUUUUUUUUCUUUGUAGUGAUAAGAUUCUGUAAAUGACAAUGAAAACAAACACUGCCAUCUAUUUGUCGACAACUCUACCACUGCCCUUUAACUCUUCUCACACAGUCCGACACAUUUGAGACUUGAGCUUGUUUGCUGACUGAGUCCAUUUGCAGAAGUGCUCUUUGGAUUAAAUGAUAUUUUCUGAGUAGUCAGUUUGCUGUUGCCAGAAAAUAAUGAAAAUCCUUAAAGUGGUUUAUUACAGGGAUGUAGCAAUACCUCACAGUACAAUUAAAAAUCUGAAAUAUGUUAACAAAAAUAUAGAUUUCACUAUUCUUUUGUUGAAGCAUUGUUUAUUUGGACCUGAGCACCAAAAACUGAGCACUCGACUUGAAUGUUUUCUUCUUCUGUACCACAAAAAAAAUCUCAAUUUGGCUUCAAACUUAUCAAAUUUGGCAUUUCCAUCAGGCCUGGUGAAAAGUAUAUUUUAUGGGUCGUACGCACAACUUUGGCAAAAAUCCUCCACAGCACCCUGUUAUAUUAAAAAAGUAAGCUUUUAAAGUAGGUAUCACUUACAAGUUUAUAAAUUGUUCUGUAUAAAUAUAUUGUCAAGACUCACAAAUAGGUCCAUAUUUGAAUGAACUCCUCCGGAGUUCAUUCAAGUAUGGUACACAUGCAGAAGAUGCCUUGAAGAUUAAAAGCUAUUAGAAUAUUAAGUGAACUACAAAGGGUGUCAGCAUGGCUGGGGGUCAAAGUUGCCUUUUUUUCUGGCAGUCGUCCAACAGCAGAUAUUUGAUCUUAAGUUGAUGUUCAAAAAGUUCUUGAUCUAAAUUUCAGGUAUUACACAUGUCUUGGCCACUCCAAUGUGUACUGAGGUGCUAGGGCUAAUUCAUCACUGCUUGAUGCUUUAAUUUUAUUUAGAAAAAAUAUGUUGGACUUUAUUUGUGGGCAUACAGUGUCACAACUGAAAAGGUUUUAAUCAUUUUUAGAAUGGAAAAUUUUGCAUUUUUUUUCACAGAGUUGAAAUGAAGGAAUCCUAUUUCUGCCAAACUUUUACUUUAAACUCAAAAAAUAUUCCUGAAUUCAAUAUCAUGAUCUGGAUUGUAUUAUGAGUUGAGUGUAUUGCUCAAUCCCUUCAAAUAUGAAAAAGAUAAGUUGGCUAUUUCAGUAGCUGAGAUCGUAUGGGAGAAUACUCUCUGCCCGUCAUGUUUUGUCUUCAUUCGAAAUGUCUGACCUUAUGCACCCUGAGACAAAGAAUUAAUAUCUUUAUUAAAUUGACACAGCAGAUUAUCAAGUACAUUUUAAUGUGCGAUUGUAAUGCAGCGACUCAAAUAGUUUACCUGCAGACUCAAAGAUCAACCAGCAGCUAUAGCAGCUUUGAACCAUUUUUCUUUUGUGUUUUUAAGCGAUUUUGUUGUGGACUCACAGCCAAUAAGUGCGACAUCCCAAAAGUAUUGGACUGCUCCUUUAAAGGGACGCUGCCAGAGAGCAUUUCUGAAUGAGCUGGGCACUUGAAUCUAAGUGCCCUAAGUGUGUAUGUGCGCGUGUAUGUAUGCAGCUUACCUACAAACCCACCCACCCCCCCCACCCCACAGUUUGCUUUGCAUCUGUAGAUAAGAUGUACAUGUUACAUUUGAGAUUAGUACAUUUCAGUGCAUGGAACUUGUGUACAGACGGCAUUUGUAUGAAUCCCAUGCACACUUCCUAUUUAUAUAAAUGCAUAUAAAUGUAGAUACCUGUGUAAAUGUAGCAGGUAUACUGAAGAUUGUUCACUGUCCAAACACUUUUGACUUGCAUUGUACUUAUCAGUGUACAUAAAAGCACUAACUUUGAGACUGUGUUAGAGUAAUAAUAAUGAUUAUUUUGUCACGUGAGUUAUACCAAUUUGUACUAGAUGCAGACAAUAGAUGCUAUCAUUAUUAUUACCUCUACUGCAGUUGUAAUAUUUAUGUUGUAUGCUAAUUUUUAAGUUUUUAAAAUGUAAUUGCCAACUUUGACCACUAGGUGGGGAAUAAGCGCAAUGUUACUGUGAUAGAGCUAUUAAAAAAAACAAAAACAAAUAUUAAUGUUCUUAAAGGAGGACAAAAGGACUACCUUUCCCAGCAUUCCUGUCUCAGGUCUCAGGGAAGAAGGAGUCUACAGUUCUGGGCAGGGCUGAAUUUUACUUCUUUUUUAUUUUGAGCCAGUAUUAAGAGUUGGAGCAUUCUGCAGUUGAACUGAAUAACAUUUCCAGAUUCUUUCACUAAGUUUUGUGCCAUUUUUAAACAUUUUUGUUUAAUGUUUUGAAUUAUUUUAAUCCCUCAUAAAUCACUGUUAACUUGCAAUAUAUACAGAGCCUUGAAGUGGUGAAUAUGAUAAUCAUUAAAACACCUGAUAAAGUCAUGUGGAUAAAAUGUGAAAAGUAUAGAAAGCUUGUGAAGGAAUUUAGUGAAAACUCUUUCAAAUUAGUUCAAAAUACAACUUCAGAUUUUUUCUUUUAUUUUGAGCUUGGUUUUCUGCAUGUAGUGUUACACUUUUUAUUCUGUGUGUUUAAAACAAAAAUAAUUACAUACAAGUUACUGAUGGAAAUUACAAAACCCCCAAGUGGACAGGCAACUGCGUACUUAAUUUUGCUCUAUUUUUCUGUGAUUAUAGGCUAAUCUUAGUUUUUAAGUUUUUACAUUAAGAUGAUAAUACUGGUUUUCCUGCGAUAAGUUAAAUUAUGUCGUUUUCUUGAGAUCUUAGCAAUGAACUCAUGGGAAAACCAGCAUUGUCAUACCAAGAGAACUACAUAAAUCGUCAAGAUCUCAAGAAAAAACCCAAAAAUGAGCGUUGGAAAACUGAUUUAGAAAAUGUAUUAAGAUACGUCUACUUUGGGCUUUUGUCGGAAAUAUUGUGCAUUUUUUUACUCAGUUAAAUCCUCAUUUAUGAAAUGGCAAAAUGGGACUUAAAGCUCCUGUAAGGAAUUUUCAAUUUGUAGUUGGUUUGGCAAAACAGAACUUAAGAUUUUGUACUUUAGUACCCAAAACAUCUCCUGUUUUCUUUAAUAGGUAAAUGUUUCUCUUAUUGAAUCUAAGCAGAUGCAAAUGUAUAAAAAAGGCUCCACUGAAACCUACCCUGUGGAAGCAGUUUUGAGCUUUAAAAAUUGUAUAGAAAUAGUCAAGUUUGAUGCUGACGAUCUUGUUUUGAAGCUCAAAAGGUGGCAAUAUAAAUUUUAGUCUGUUUCAUAACCGUCUAAAAAUCCCUCUCAGGAGCUUUAAAGCUAGGUGAAAAAACUUUCAUAAAAUUCAAAUACACAAACCUUUUUCAUUUUUGAUGGCAUGGCACCUUUAGGCCUCCAUAAAAAUGUAACAAAACGAAAGAUAGGCCACUUCUUUUCUGUAUUUCAUUGCAUUUCCUGCUAUAAUAAGUAACUGUAUGAUGUGAUGUUGACCACUUUAAGGCUCUCUUUCUGUUACUUUCAGUCAGACGUUUCUUGAUUUGAUUUGCACGGUCCGAAUGGGUAGAAACAAACGGAAAAAAAAAACAUCUGGUCACUUCCUGCAGCUGCUUUCAUCCAGACAGGUGGAUAAUAAAUCAGCCUGUCUUAUAACCCUUCCAUCCAUCCAUCUGCUGCAGGACGUGAUCUCAGUGUGAUCUGAUGCUGUCUUUCAUGUCUACCUCAUUUGCACUGAUAGUAAAAAGAAUGUUUGCGUGGAGCAUAUUUCUCAUAUGCAGACUAAAAUUUUAGUUUCUUUUUCUGUAUUUGUGCAAAUGUUGCUGAGAAAGCUGUAUGAGAGCAGGAGGGGGACAAAGAUGGACUUCAAGGACAGACUGGACUUUUUAAAAAUCCCUCAUGGAGACACUAUAAAGACUGCUGGGUGAAAUUAAACCACCUGACAAGUUACAUUGUUGUGAAAGGAAAUGUUUCUGCUGGAAUUCUGCCCAUCCUCAAACACCUCCAGAAAACAUUUCAAACGUGAGAUUUCAGUUUGCCAAUUUUUUGUUUUCUUUCUUUUUUAAAAUGCAUUGUUUUGUACAGAGUUUCAUUGCUGACCAUUCCUUAGUUGUGUUUCUUUUUUGCCAAUUCAAGCUGCACUUGAGCGUCUGAAAACCUCCAACAGAUAUAGAAGUUGACAAAAACGUUUCUAGUGUUGGUUUAAUAAUAGCAGUGUGCAGUUCACUCUCUUCUGGACUUUUGUGUUUUCAUCUGCUAAAAUUAAAGGGUCAUGCUGCGCAGAUGGCAAGAUGUGUGAUCAGUCAAAGCAGUGGUUUAGCCUCAGACACAACACCAUCUCAUCAAUCAGAACUUGUCAGACCCUAAUGUCAGAAAAUUCACAACCACUCAAAUUUAAAGGACCUUGGACGAAACUAAACAUAUGAUUGAAUAAAAGGAAUGGACAAAAAAACUUUAAGUGCAUCAUUACAGAAGCCCUUGGAGGACAUGCAUGCAGAUACUGUAUUUUACCCCAUUUUCCCAUGAUAAUGUGUAGCUUUUAGUUCUAGAGAUCUCAGGAAAUAACUUCUUAUGAAGAAACUGUUAAUUAUCAGGAGGAAAGGUGACACAUGAUUGGUGGUCUGGAGAAAACUACAAAAAUUUACUCAUUAGCAUGGAGAAACUGGGUAAAAUAUGUGUAGUGGUGUGUCCACUUAGGGCUUCUUAUAUCACAAGCGUUUUGCCACAUUUGCUCAGUGACCCACCAGCUGAGAACAACUGGACCUAAACAGUCAAAAGAUUUUCAUGAUCUGUUGUUUUUGAUAACUUUAAAGUUUAAAAGUUGGUUGAUACAUUUUUAGUCUGUUUCGAUUUCCUCAAUUAGACCAGCAUAUCCAAAAAUUCUAAUUCUGUGGAAUAGUAAACACAGUUUGAUCAAUUUGGUAACUGAUUUUUGAUGAGUACUUUAAAUUACAAUCAUAAAUCUACAGUCUGGACCAAGGAAAAUUCAUUUUCUUUGUUUUUGCAACAAAAUUAUUUGAAUGUAUAACAAAACAAGACAUGAUCAGUAAUGGUAAUGUUACGUUACAGCAAUGACUUGUUUACAAGAUAAAAAUCUCUUCGCUUUAUUUUCAACAGAAAAGAAAAGCUGCAAAUUUUUACACUGAAAUUAAAAUGCAAAACCAGCUGACUUCAAGGUGUAUUAAAUCAGAAUUCAGUGUGAAAUAAAACAGCCAAAUUUGUCCAGAAGAAGAUCAAUCCACAUGCAAAAAUGAAAAAAAGAAAAAUCAGUUAUUCAGGUUUAAGGGGCUUCUUGUUUCAGAGCCUGUCUGUUGAUUUAAUGGCAAAACUAUUAAUACCAGUUUGCUGUGCUGUUAUUCCUUAUUUUCUCUUGUUGUUCUAAUUUUCCUUUUGCAGUUUUAAAUGUUCCUGUUCCUGCUUCUGUUCCUACAAGCAGGAAACCCCUUCCCUUCACCUCAAAAUAGCCCUGCUGUAUGUAGUCAGCAGCUCAAUAAACUGACAGGGAGCUCAGCCAUGAGGAUGAAAAGAGGAUUAAGAUGAUGAUGAGGACGUGUGUGAGGAGAUAGAUUUAAAACUGUUUUUACAGCAGGGGACAGAGUUGAAAAUGUUCAGGUUCAAUGCAAAUGUUUGGAGGAGUGUCGAUAAAUGAGUUGUACAAAAACGUAACAAAAUAAUUUUUGAGAAAUAAAUGAAC